CUAUAUUGGAAAAAUCAUUAUGUUUUAGUCCUAUUUAAGCAAAUUAUUCUUUAAUCAACUCUCUAUAUAUGCUCGAAUCCGGGUUCAUGAUCCGGGUCCACGCGGUCCUGUUCCCGUGGGCGGAAGCCGGUCUGCCGGAAGGGUGCGAGAAAGCCGACCAGAUCCCCAAGGGGCAGAACCUGGACAUGCGCAGCCUUUGUGUCUGUGCUCGCGAUAAUGCGGCCGCAGAUGGAGGAGGCAGGCUGCAGGCUGAGAAGCUACUCGCACUACAAGAAAAAUGUCCUAUAGUUAUUCACAUUCUAGCAAACGUCGAGCGUGUACAUAGCCACAACAUCUUCAGCUUUAGCAUUGUUUGGUCCUCCGCUAUGAAGGCCACUAUUCUGCAUCAACUCUGAUAAAGAAAUGAACAUCAAUUCUAUAUUUGCCAAAGCCACAACCUGGAAUAUGUACAUACAACCAAAAAUCAUCAAAAAACCAAAAUAUAUGCAACCAUGUCUUCACAACACAAUGACAGAGCCAAAACCUCAAAACAUCAGCUGAAAACCAAAAAUUCUUUGUUGGCAUCUAGACACAGAAAACACUUGAAGCCACAUCCCAAAGUCACCAAUCCCCAAGUUGAUUAUUUUGCCACCAUUGGUAGUUUGCUUCCUUCUUUCAUAUGCUGCCUUAGUCAAUGGUAUAAUACAAUAGCAAAUCAAAUUCCUGGGCUGGAAUAAAAGCAAUCUACACUUGUGAUUUGAUCCACACCAGGCCCAAGAAUAUGUAAAUUCAAUUAUCUAUUGAUAGUUGAUAAUGUACAAACCAUUUGAAACCAAUCUCAUAGAAAAUAAAAGGCUCUAAGUGUGAUCAACAAUGAAAGUCCAACUAAAAUCAUAUAUUAAACCCUCCAAAGGUGUAAUGGAAAUCCUUGGAAACCAACUACAAAACAAAAAUAUUCCAGCAAUAGCAAAGAAAAGAGUCUAUAAGCACAACCAAAAAAGCCUGAUAGAAACUACCUUCAGUAUAUAAGAAACUGUAAUGAAUGGUGCUCUACACUUGUAAGAUUGAAUCUCAACUGCUGAUAUCUUGCACAUCACAAACAUAAUACUAAAACAUAGAAGUGCAGCAUUAUCCAAUCUAAUACGGAGUAUACGAUAAAUACUCUCUGUAGAAAACAAUUUAUUUGGACCAUAUCAAACUUUGAAGAGAGAAGUAAAUCAAAGAAACUUGAGGUUGCCUGCAAUUCUUUUAUCUGUUUGCAACAACUUCUUUGAGGUUGCGUACCUAUUUUGUUGGAGUUAGUCGCCUUAUAUUGAAUCUGGGUGAUGUAGCUUAUUGACAACAUAACAAACUCCUUAUGAAAUCAACACCUGAAAAAAAUACGAAACAAAAAAGAAUGAAGUAAUAAGAGGAUUAUCAAAUAUGCCAUAUGUCAAUCUUACCAAUCUAGAGAUCCAUUCUGAAUUGUAUAUCGCUUAUUCUGCAAAAUAGACUAAAGUUAGCCAUGGAAAAAAAGACAGUCAUUGGGCUCAAGGUUCAUAGAUGCAUGGCCGGAAUAGUUUUGGGCAAAGAAACUGCCACCUUUUUACUACACUCAAAUCAUAAAGGCAUCCAAACUUUAAUCUGAAUGUUCAAGAUGUUACAAAAUUUACAAAAGAUCAGUUCAUAUUUGGAACUGGUAAUCAAUACUUGUAGUACAACUGACCAAAAGUUACAAAAGAUCGUUUCAUAUUUAGAGGCAAAAUAUCAGCCGGCUACAACAGGGGCAACAGGGUUGCUAAGAACAAAUGUUAUGAAGAGAAUACAAAUCACAUAUAAAGAUAUUUAAACCUUAAUGUUGUAAUAUCAAAGUAUAUGAAAUAUACUCAUAAAUACAAUAAACCAGAUUCUACCUUCACUGUUUCAAUAGCAUUUACUUGAGUGGUUGAUUAUGGAAAGAGUAAGAACCUUACGAAGUAAUCGUUGAAUUCCUAGACUCUCCAUCUCGCUGAAGCAAUGCAUCAAACACAUAGUGUGCAUCACUCAAACACUACUGAUGAAAAAACCAAUUCCAUUUUUUAACUAAAGAAUCAUACAUAUAUCCAAGUAUAUCGUUAAAAUUCUGUGGGAAUUGUUCUAAAUCCAAGAAGAAUCCAAGUAUAAACUAGAAUAGAAAGGAGAAGUCUCGUAGAUCUAAGAUCUACUUGAUAAAGACCCGUAGUUGAAUUGUACUCAGAGAAGUUGGUGAUCUUGCUGGCCCAAACGCCUUUGUCGCCGAAAUCCUUCAGCGGGAACCCUAGGCCAACUCGAUCAUCUUCGUCAUUGCACUGGCCAAAACACGAAGUUGGAAUACAGAGUUUUAGUCUGG